AUGUUUGCAGGACUUCUCCUCUUUAUACCAGUUCUACUGGCUGAAGAUGUGGCAGUUUUAUUUUGUAGAAAGAAGAGUAUUUGCGCCUUAGAAGGAUUGUCUGUAGAAUUGUCCUGCGGUUUCACAAUCCAAGAUACCAGACGUGAAAUAAAAGAAGUCUACUGGUUUAACAACGACAACAGGAAGAAAUGGAAGGACACAACUAUUCCGGAGGAUCUGAGUGAAGACCCAGAGUAUUAUGGUCGUUUGUUACGUGCUGCUGUUGGGGGUUUCAGUCAAUAUUCCCUAACUACUACGAUCAUAGAUUUGAGACCAAGUGACUCUGCUGAGUAUAAGUUGAGAGUUAACACACAGAACUCGGGAUGGAAGAACAGCGAAUCUGGAACAACUGUUUUUGUCACAGGUCUGAAGGUGAUUAAGAAUCCGGACACUGUGAAAGAGGGACAAAAACUAACACUGACCUGCAGUACCAUGUGUACCCUGAGUAACAACCCCAACCUUACUUACAUCUGGUAUAAGAAUGGACGACGACUAACCAACCCAAAGACCCUGAAGACCAACCUGUACCUAGACCCAUUCACCAUUACGGUUUCUGGCAGUUACUCCUGUGCUGUAAAUGAUCUCCGUUCUCCUUCACUUUGUCUCCUGGAUAACUGUUGGGAUGUGAAAUACGCAAAGAAGACAAUCUGCGCCAUAACCGGGUCAUCUGUGGACCUGCCUUGCACUUACACAUUCCCCAGUGGUCAGACCAUCACAGAGACUCUCUGGUCAAAAACGGUGGAUGCUAAAGGGAAUCGUGAAGACUUGGAGUAUGGAGAAAGUGUGCAGUACCGUGGAGAUAAGAAGACUGACUGCACCCUGAGAAUCACAGAGCUCAGAGAGAGAGACUCAGCCAACUACAGUUUCAGAUUCAAAACACAACAGGGGAGCUACAAUGACCCAUUUCAGGUCACUCUGUCUGUCACAGAUGUAUUUGUAAAUGUUAUACCUGACAUCGUCAUAGAGGGAGAGAAAGUCUGGAUCUCGUGCUCAACGUCCUGCAUUCUGAAGCAAAACUCUACUGACUACAUCUUCUACAAGGACAAACUUCGCCUACCUAGCCCUAACAGACACUGGGGCUUGUACCUUGACCCAGUCAGCAGUGAGGAUGCAGGCAGCUACUCCUGUGUAUUGGUUGGCCUCGAGAAUCAGCACUCCCUUGCAGCUACACUCAUUGUGAGAUAUCCUCCAAGGUCCACCACUGUGACGGUCAGCACAGAUCAGAAUAAAAUAGUGGAAGGCAGUUCAGUGACUCUGACCUGUAGCAGCGAUGCCAACCCACCAAUGGAGACAUACACCUGGUACAAAAAGAACGGAACUAAAGUGAGCGUCUUACAGGGAGAAACAGAAAGUUACACCAUCCCCAGUGUCAGUCUUGGGUACAUUGACCAGUACUUCUGUGAGGCUAAGAAUGAGAUUGGAGCUCAGAACUCUACCUGGGACCUGACCACAGAUGAUAGACUAGUGAAUGUCUUGACUCCUGUACUGUGGGUUGUGGCUGUCCUGACUGCUGGAACUCUUCUCGUUCUCGGCUACUACACACUGAAACAGAGAAACCGUGGAGAAAGAGCUGAUACACCGAGAGUCCAUUAUGUCAGUAAUGAUGCCUCGAACUCUGAUGUGAGUGAGAAGGAGAGCGUAGAUCAUCUCUACGCUCACCCUAAUGAGUAUGCUGACAUACAGGGUGACAUUGAUGAGUACGAUGACAUACAGGAUGACACCUACACAGCCCUUCAGAGAGACCCUCGCCUCUCGAUCUACGAUUCUAUCCCGAAUUGAGAAUCACCAUAGAGCCUGAAGACCUACGGCACCAACCCAAAAAUACACCUUGCACCUUUUUUUGUCCUGCUAUCACAUUGACCUGUCUGGGAUGUUUCCCACACAUUGAGCUUUAACGUUAGAGUUUAUGCUGAAGGUGAAUAUGAUUGCUAUUGGCAUUGGCUACUGCAAAUGUAAAUGGUGUUAUAUUAUUUGGUUUUUAGAGUUGAUUGUUGCUUACUACACGAGAUGAGGUGCUUCUACACCUGCAUUGCUUGCUGUUUGGGGUUUUAGGCUGGGUUUCUGUACAGCACUUCGGGAUAUUAGCUGAUGUACGAAGGGCUAUAUAAAAUAAAUUUGAUUUGAUUUGAUGAGGUUGAAAGAAACAUAAUCAAAUCACAUGCAAGUUUUCCUAUUCUUUACAGUGAGGGAAAUAUAUGGAAAUAUGACAUUUAGUAAUUGCCACUUCAAUUACUGCUCAUGCUCAUUGUAAUUCUCUUUAAUCAUGGAUUGAUUAUUACAAAAUAGACGCUUGUAGAUAUAGCAAUAAAAACAGCUAUUCUGAAAGCAAAGAUACAUAGGAAUAUAUCAGCAAUCGUUCAAAACUGUCUGUAUUGUUAAUAUAAUACUAAGAUUUAAGUAAAUUAAAUUCAUUAAAUGUUUGCUGUAUGACAAUAUAUUUGUUUUUUUGACCCCUGGUUUAUUAGCAUAGUAGUAUGCUAACUCUAACCGUUAAGGUUAUAAUUACAUUAAGGGUUAGGGUUAGGAGCUAGGGUUAGGGUUAAGGUUUUGGGGUUAAGAUUGGGGUUAGGGUUAAACCCCCUAGAAAUAGCAUUUGACCUUGUGGGGACUAACAAAAUGUCCCCAGUUGGUCAAAUUUUUGUUAGUUUACUAUUCACACACACACACACACACACACACACACACACACACACACACACACACAGUGAGGGUACACUCUUAGAAAAAAGGGUUCCAAAAGGGUUCUUCGGCUGUCCCCGUAGGAGAUCCCUUUUUGGUUCCAGGUAGAACCAUUUUUGGUUCCAGGUAGAAGAACUUCUGGGUUCUUCUGUGGAAAGUGUUCUACAUGGAACUCAAAAAGGGUUCUACCUUGAAAUAAAAAGGGUUCUUCAAAGGGUUAUCUUAUGGGAACAACCGAAGAACCCUUAUAGGUUGUAGAUAGCACCUUUUUUUCUAAGAGUGUAGGGAAAGACACAUGUAUUCUGUCUCUCUAUGCACAUACUGGUGCCAUGCACUCACUAAACGCCAGGUGCUGAUGUGUGUGCUAGGGUGUCACCUCCCUAUGAGACUGCCAGGGUGUCUCUCCCUAUGAGACUGCCAGGGUGUCACCUCCCUAUGAGACUGCCAGGGGGUCACCUCCCUAUGAAACUGCCAGGGGGUCACCUCCCUAUGAGACUGCCAGGGGGUCACCUCCCUAUGAGACUGCCAGGGGGUCACCUCCCUAUGAGACUGCCAGGGUGUCACCUCCCUAUGAGACUGCCAGGUGGUCACCUCCCUAUGAGACUGCCAGGGGCUUAGUGAACACACGGUAAAACACUCGCACACACAAUAGACUGAGGACAUCGGCAAGAAAGUGCGAUCCACACAUCAUAAGAGAGAGGAGAGAGAAAGAUAAAGUGCUGUAGAGAGAGUGAGAAGGUAAGAGUAAUUUAACCUCAUUUUAGCCCUGGUCACCUGCGCUGCGGUGGAGAUUAUUCAGGAUUAGAGUGAGGAAUGAGCUGGAAUACAAGGCCAGUAGGCCACUCUCACUCACCACUUUAACACACACUGAAAAAAACUGCGCUCUGGGAAAAUGAGUCAGCUGAUGGAUUGGACUGCCACUUAACCUUGGGAACCAUCUGGCCAUGCCUGCACAUACAGUACAUACACUCACAUACACUCACACACACUUGGGAAGCCAACUGAUCCUUGCACACUAGUUUGGUAUUUCACAGAGAAAUGGUGGGGAAUGUAGAUAGAACAGGGGGAGAGGAGAGGACCAACUAAGCUAGAAAGCCCAAGAAAGAGGAGAGUUAUUCCGCUAUUUUCAUCACUUAAAGGCACCACAUUCUAUUUACCUGAUUGUCACCAAGUAGCUGAGUCAUUUAAUUGGUUCUUUAGCUCAGAGAAACUGAUGAUAUAGCCUUGCCUCCCCCUUAUCCGUAUGAAAGAGAAUGGAAUGGAACUUCUCCAUGACCCUCGGAAUGAAUACAUUGAUAUGGAAAGAAUAACAUGAUUUAAUGUGAUGUGUGAACAACUGUGUGAUAUAUAGUGAAUCUCAUUAUAGAUUAUCAGAGUCUGCAGAGACUGAACUGUGGGCCAUUUGAAAUCAAUCUCAUUUUGGAGACAGAGCCUGCCAGUAAGGAUUUAAUCUUACUGGCUUGUCAGUAGUCUCUCUCUCUUUCUCUUUCUCUCUCUCUCUCUCUCUCUCUCUCUCUCUCUCUCUCUCUCUCUCUCUCUCCCUCUC